AUGGGAAAAAUUGGCCGUGACCGUCACGGAUACGGUGAAAAAUUGGAAAAAUUGGCCGUAUCCGUCACGGAUAUGGUGAAUUUAAAAUCCGCAACUAGUGUUCGAGCUUUUCGUAACGAUCCGCAUUACAAGCUUAAUAGCAUCAUCGAUACUUUCGAUAAGCUUGGUGAGUUUUUCUCUCUAUCCUAUACGUCGGAAGUUCAUACCAAGUUUGACAAAUUUGUUGAGAUGCUUCGAAAGGCUGCCAAUGAGACAAUCGUUGCUUGGGAUAACCGUAACCAUACGGCAAUGCCAAGUAACAGGCGGUCUGGUCGCGGUCGUAGAGCUAAUCAAGGUUCUACAACUAAAAAUGUUGAUGAGCCAUCGGUGAUAUUUGUUGAUGUUGUGCCUCCUGAAGAAGGCGAAAAUUAUGACGAUGAAUACGUAAUUUUUGCUGCUGCAACUGGUGCUGCUGCUACUAGUGCUCGUGCUGGUGCUCGAUCUCGUGCUACUGCUAGUUCUCGUGAACAGCUUAAUGGUGCUUCCAUUCCAUACGCCGAGACAGGUGGUCCUCUGUGCAAUCAUUUGAAAACACACUUGAUCAUUCACUUGGUGGAGGAUUGUAUUUGUUUUUCUUCUCUUGUGCUUUUGGUUACUGAAAAGAAUGAACAGUUCAACAAGUACAUUUGGACAAUAAUCAUGAAAAUAAACCAGCAAAACCUCCCUCGUGACUUGGCUCUGAUCAAUGGUCGUGAGUUGUCUUGGAGGCAUAUCGCGAUGGAUUUUUCCUGGGACAAUGAUGCGAAGACUUAUGGUGGCAAGGUGAGAGAAUGCUUUGGACGUUUGGGUCAAAAAAGGUACUUUCAGGUCAACCGCGAGGGUGGUAGUACUUCAUUCAUCUCCGAUAAGAGAGUCGCUUUUAACAUGGUGGCUGUCUUUGAUCUCAAUCUUGAUGAAGGUGGGAAGCGUCGUUUAUUCGGAAAGGUUGUGCUAAAACGCGAUGAUCUCAUCGGACUGGAGGUUUAUUCACUUGUUGAAAAACCAGUAAAUGUGAUUUCUGGCAACGCAAGCCUCGUCACAAACUACCAAAUGGCGAUGGUGGCAAUCUUAUCGCGGUCAAAUCGGACGAAACUCUACACCAUUACCUGGUAUGCAUUAACGGUUAUGAAGAGAAUGCAUUACCGGCGAUGUAUUACCGGUUCUGAAGAGAAUGCCUUUCUGGUUAUGCAAGAAGGUCUUCACCAGGGGAGCGAAAAAGCACAAUUUGGAAUUGCCGAGUAUAACUACGGGAAAAACUACCAGGAAUUCACUCGACCACAGCAGCCUCAAAAACCGCAAACUCAGGAACCUCAACGUCAGCCACAUCAACAAAAUAAUGAGGAAAUUGAAGAGGAGUAUAAUGCCAUAGAGGAAGAGAUAAUAUUACCUGGUCGUCCUGGGGAAUGGAGUAUAGCGAUUGAAAGUAUUUUGAUGCAGUGUAUUUCAAAUGAUAGAUUCUAUCAAAAGCACUCCCGAUUUCAUAGCUAUGGAAAAUAA